CAGAGCCACUCUCUCUCUUCCUUUCAGAUCAUAUAAAUUCCGGCUCUUGUCCACCGUCCAUCAUCAAAGCUAGGGUUUUUCUCCCCUUCCUUUCCCUUUCUCUCUCACACCAAGCACAGAAAUCCACCAUCGAUUUCAAAGAACAAAGAGGGUUCCCCUCCACAACUGAAGUCUGACAGAAAGGAGUAGCUGUCCAGCAAGAUCCAACAUAGGAUUUGAAUAGCUACAAUCAUCAAAGACCAUCCAGCGAGAUGUGACAUUAAGGAACUUGCAUUUUUGUGGCCCAUAUUCAUGGUGGGACGUAUUGUUUAGCUCUUUCUGAUUUUUGGAGCUUUAAAUAUCGAAGGCUGGACUAACUGGCUUGUGGUAAUUCAUGGUGGUGGCACCAAUCUGCAUUCAAUGCAAAGUCUUCUGCUUUCAUGAUCUCAUCAUCCUGUGAGACGGGAUAAGGUGUCUCAAGCUACCAUCAUAACUGCUGCCAUUUACCUUUGCUUGUCACCACAACAAUAGCUAAGACGGGUGCUCUUUGUUGUGUGGCCGCUGGGCCACAUGGAGCUAAAUCAAAUGCAAACAGUAGAGACUGCUCCAUGGAUCCCAACGAACCUCGUUGGCGAACAAACUCAAGCUUCUCUCCUCCACCAUCGAGGAGAUGGGACUGCAGAUUCCAGUCGGAUGUAUUAUCUAACAGAUCUUGUGGAGCUCCUCCAUAUGGGUCAUCAUUAUCCUCAAAUAGUAAAGGAAGCAGAAGUAUUCUGACCAGUGAUCCUUAUCCCAACCAUCACCAUUCUGUGUCGGAUGGUGCACUUUCUUAUUUUGGAAGCCCGUCUGACAAUUUCCAGGCGCCUCGGUGGACCCCGCCCCUGCAAAAAUUCAGCUUUGCUGAGUUUCCUUCACCUUUGGCCGCAGGGUCAAGACCUGAGAGUUCCCCAUUUCCUCACUCUACAGAGAGUCAUUUUACUGCCGGUGCAUCUGCAGUGUCCAACAGCUUUGGGUCUCCAUCACCACUCUCAGAAUCUGAUCAAUUGGAGUCCUCCAGAACACCACCCAUCUCCUUCCCGCAGCGGAAUUUCUCAGGCAGGCGUUCUUUUAUGUCAAAGCCCGUUUACCCGCUUGUGUUCCGUAAUCCCGUUUCAGAUAAUGAAGUUUGCAGGACAGCCGAUAUGGCUAGUGGUAGCAGGUCGACACCAGGAGAGAAUCCGACAUUGUCUCUCUCACCCGAUGGCACUGCAAACCUAGCGCUGAAAAAGAUGGAGGCUUCGCCUGAUCCGAGCUCGAGUUCAAGAAGAGAAGGGUUCAGGUGGAGCAAUGCUAGCAGUUACGAUAUGGGCUUUGACGGAGAUAUCAUUGACAUAACAGAUCACAUGGAUUCCGGGAACGUAAAGCCAGCUUGCAAUUCUACAGCUGAUCAGAAAUGUGGGUUAUGCGGGAGGCUUUUGUCGCAGAAAUCCCCAUGGAGUUCUUAUCGGAUUGUUAGAACUGGCGAUAUGCCAAUUGCUGGAGUACUCUCUUGCAGUCAUGUUUUCCAUGCAGAAUGCUUGGAUCAGACAACACCCAAAACACAGAUCCACGACCCACCUUGCCCAAUGUGUCAGAAGGUCGCUGGUGGGGCUGAAUCAUCAUUGUCAAUAUCAGAGCCGCUGCAGAUGGCCUUGCGAUCCAUUCGCAGGAACCAAGGGAUAUCCAUUACCACUGACGGUGAGGGGACCAGCAGCAGGCAAUCUUCCGAUCAAACUGAGAGUGGAUUGAGGAGAAACCGGUCUCUGCCGAUGGUAAGGCGAGGCGGUAGUUCCCUGAUAAAGAAUCAUUUCAAGAAGCAUUUCUCUUUCAAUGGGGUGACCGGAAAAGAUCUUUUUGGUGUGAAAAUGUUCCGACGAACUGGGUCAUCCUCUGCAGGGGCCCGUGGGAAUGAGGAGCAAGUUGGGUGCUGAAGAACUACCCAUCAGUCAUCUACAAACUAAUCAAAGCGUGCCGGAUGGUGGUUGCUUGUACCAUUACAAUGUGAUAGUAGCUCUCUGUUCUGGGUUUUCUUCUUUUUGGAAGCUGUGGUAGAGAGCAUGUACAUGAUGUGUCCAGGAAUCUGAGAUCCUUAGUUCCAUUUUAUUUUCAUAGACAUUUCAGUGUCUGUUUGUUGCAUCUGGGCACUCCAUUUUCGUCACUGUACUUGCACCUCGAGAAGUAGUUUUAUGUUGGAUAUUCGGCCCUUCUGCUA